AUGGACCUUAUCAAAAUCAACAUCAGUGGAACAGUUUUCGUGACAACACGAGAAAUCAUCCUAAACAUUCCCACGUCGAAACUUGCAUCUGCUUUAGACUGCAAGCGGGAUUUUGAUAAUAGUCUCGGAGCGCUAUAUUUCCCGCGAAGUCCUGAUCUGUUCACGUCGGUGCUGGAGGCGCACAGACAGGGCACGUUACAUGUCCCAUCCGACGCUUGUGGCAUUGAAUUUCUCAAUGAAAUGGAAUUCUGGAAUCUACCGAAGAGCAUGAUCUCGCCUUGCUGCAUCGGGAAAAUCAACUCUGCCUUAGAAGAGAAAGAGAUCACAGAAACGAUAAAGAUGGAGAUAAUGGGGAAUUUUGUCAAAAGUGUCGAGGCGAUGGAGAGAAGGACAGGAUGGAAGCAGUCGGCUGCGAGAUUGUGGCUGUUUUUGGAGUUCCCCGUCUAUUCAACUGCUGCCAAGGUCUAUUCCAUCUUCAUUGCCCUCUGGAUUCUGGUGUCUGUCUUCAACUUCAUGUUCGUUCUGGACAUGAACCUCCGCGCUCCGCUCAAAGCGAAUGCGACUCAGAUGGCAGAACAGGACCAAGUCGUCUCACUCAUUCAGUCGGACAAAUGGCAGCUAUAUUGGUUCUCCGCAAUUCCAUUCUCCGUCAUGAUAAUCGACUACCUCAGUAACUUUGUCCUACUCAUUGAUUGUGUCACACGCGUAAUUGUGUGUCCCUACAGAAUGAUCUUCCUUAAGUCCCUCAAAAUCGUCGAUAUUAUGGUCAUGAUGGGCUUCAUGCUGUCUGUCCUCAUUUACUUACCAGUUAUGAUGACUGGUGUUAAUCCAAACACUGCCCUGAAGAGUGCCUUGCUGGCCUGUACUCUGCUGCAGCUCACACGGCCGCUACUCCUCCUUCGUCUCUCCAACACGUUCGUGGGACUCCGCGUCAUGAUGAUGGUGUUGACUAAGAGUAUGACAGAACUCUUCACCAUCAUCUCUUUCCUGGUCAUCGGGAUGAUGUUGUUCGGGGUAUUUAUCUUCGCGGCAGAGAUCGGCGUACAGGGCAGCUUCAAUUCACCCUGGGACGGAGCAUGGUGGGCGCUGAUCACCAUGUCGACAGUGGGAUACGGGGACAUGUACCCUCACGGCUGGCCAGGGUAUAUCGUAGCCAUAUCAUGUGCGGUGAUGGGACUCAUCAUCACGGCCAUGUCCAUACCUAUCAUCAGCAACAACUUCAACGUAUACUAUGAUAAUGUUCGCCUGGUGAUUGGCGUUAUCCAGGAGCGAUGCAAGGAACUGAGAGAGAAAAAAAAGAGGAAUAGCAUCGAACCGAUAGUUCUGACUGAUUAA